AUGUCUGAUCUGUGGCUUGAAGGAUAUGCGCAUGAGUAUCUUACUCAGAAUAAUCCAAAUGCGAUAGAACGGCCGCGCUACAAGGAGGGCGCUUUGAGACUUGUGCCAAAAAAGCAUGAUUUUCGGCCCUUAUGUGUCCCUCUUAGGUAUCAGCGUCUACCAAAAGCCGAAAGACUCCUGGUUGAGGAAGUACGGGACUCAUAUAUUUUUGAGAAGAAUGUUUUAGCUCCUGUCAGAGAUAUAAUAAGGCAUCAACAAACGAAGAGAUCAGUUUACGACUUCGAGGGCCACGCAAAGUGUUUUUCAGUUGACGAAGUUGUGAGAUCUAUUAACAGGUAUAAGGAAAAUCUUUCCUCCCAACUCUGCUUGAGUAAAGCUAAGCUUUCAGUCAUCAAGUUUGAUAUGAAACACUGUUAUGACAAUCUCAAUCAAGCGAAAAUUAUACAGACUGUCAAAGAGCUAUUUAGGGGGGAUAAACAUGACCUUAUCUUUUUGAGAAAAGCUCUCAAAUAUAAGAGUACAAAUUUGACUUUUCCUAAGCUUCUGAGCUCCAUCACAGAUCGAAAUAACCUUGAAAGAUCAUAUCAGAUGGGAUUGAGAGGGAAGGAAUCUGUCGUCAAGGGUUGCCAGAAGUCAAUAACUCAAAUAACACACUUGAGGGUCUUUGAUGUACUAGAUGUCGUCCUAGAUCAAAUUCUCAAUGGAACAAUACGGUUGCAAAGCUCCAAGGACGUCUACUCUAGAAAGAGAGGUGUAUUUCAGGGAACUGCUUUGCUGGCAACGUUUUGUGAUCUCCUCUAUGACCAGCUAAUUUCGGAGUCCUUCAAAUUUUUAAACGAAACAAAAGAUACGAUUUUGAUUAGACUAGCAGAUGACUUUCUUGUCUUGCUGCUUAACCCCAAUACCUGUCAAAGGGUGUUUCAAGUCGCUUGCUCGCAGAAGUUUAAAGAUUUUGGUGCCUACAUUAAUGAAGAGAAGAGCCAGUUUCACACUACGACCGAGCGAACCUCUAUAGAUUUUGUUGGACUAGAAAUAACUCUUCCAACACUUGAUAUUCUACGCAGAUCAUCCUUUUCUUUGAAUAUACCGAGAAAGGUUGUUGGUUCCUUUAGAACCUUGCUUGACUACAUGGUUAGGGUGUUCGAGUAUAGAUUACCAAAGGAAUUUUUCAAAUCUGCGGCAAUAUCGGGGGAAGCUGUGAAGAUUAACGUCAUGCAUGUCUUGAAUCGCAUUUUGAAGGUCGUGGGGCCAAUUCACUUCAUUUGCUCAGGACAUAGACCUAUUCUGCAAAAAAUUGAUUUACACAAUUUGGGCAAAGUUUAA